GGGGGGGACUUCCAAUCCACCUGUCGUUCCUCGCUCGGAGCGAAAAAACCUUCCGCGGCUUCCGUUCAAGCUUUCUCUCAGAACCUUUGACAGGUAGAAUGUUGUCCAAGUCACCUUUCGUUCCUCGCUCGGAGCAACAAUAACUUCCGCGGCCUUCGUUCAAAGAUUUCUCUCAGAAUCUAGCUCGCCACCAGGGGUUACAUGUCAGACCGAUCUCCUGCCUAUCUGCCAAUCCAAGGGAAACCUGACCAACUUCGGAAUGCAUAAAUACUACCCUAGGACAACACCUAAUCCCCCAGGUCCUCCGAGUCCUUCACCUUACGCGCAUCAGUCAUUAUGUCUCCUCCCAGUCCCAAGAUGCUGCUUGUUUUCUGCGACGGUACCGGCGCAGACGGAACUCUCACAGGUACUGAAGUACAUGCACCACGCCAGUUUGCUACCAACGUUCUGCGCCUUUCGCGAGCCAUCCUACAGACCUCUGCUGGUGAUAAGCCGAAGCGUCAAAUAGUCCUUUACUUGAGCGGGGUCGGCUCUGAAUCCGAUUUUAAUGGUAACUUCGCGGGCGCAGCUCCGCUUCUUCAGGCUUAUGGCACGGCAGUGGCAAGCAAGAUUCGAGAUGCAUAUGCAUUCAUCGCCCAGAAUUUUGAAGUGGGGGAUGAGAUAUGUAUCUUCGGAUUUUCCAGGGGUGCCUACACAGCUCGAAAGCUAUCUGGUUUAAUUGACCGUAUUGGGCUCUUGGAGAGAGAGCAGCUCGGAGACUUCUUUAAGAUCUGGUCUGCUCUCGCCAAAGGCCGACACCCGACGAUUCCAUCCGGCACGCGUCAGACCAGGAUCAAAUGCGUGGGCGUAUGGGACACCGUUGAUGCUGUCUAUAAAUUUCCCCUUACUCCCAUCAAGGAUACACUCGGCAUAACAGAUCCCAGUCUUCCUGCCAGCAUCGAUAUUGCACUGCAUGCGCUGUCUCUGCAGGAAAAUCGAGACCGUUUCUCGCCCACCCUUUGGGAGAUGCCGAAGGGCGGCUGGCGCGACAACCAAGUCAUCAAGCAGGUGUGGUUUCCCGGUUCCCAUUGUGAUGUUGGUGGAGGUUAUGAGAAGCACGACCUCUCUGACUUGGCAUUGUUCUGGAUGGUGGGAGAGAUCAAGUCCUUCAUCAACAUUGAUACUUCGUUUAUUGAGAAGAUUGCGCAGCCUCAGCCCGAUCCGUGGGGAGCAGCGCAACCUGGCAAUGGAUAUGUGGAGUUGGUUGGCGACUUGAAGCGAUUCAUUCAACCUCAGACACGCUUGCAAGGUGGUGCGAUCAAGCCAGGCAUGGUGUUCCACGAGAGCAUCCUUUAUGCCCCCACAACGCUUACGAGGCCGCAAUACAUGCUCACCCUCGAUACGCUCAAGCAAGCAUUUGGAACUUCUUGGAAGCCGACCAUUGCACCCCUCAACGAGUUUGAACAAUACUGUAAGGAUAAGUGGGGGAAACAGUCCAAACGCAAGGCUAACCGCAAUCACGGUAUUUUCGAAAAGGUUCCCGAGAGUGUCACCUUCGAGAGUGUAUCAGAUCUAUUUCCUUAGAUACCAGGGGCAGGAGCAGGAUACGGGUUGUACGGUUCCUUUCAUGGUAGUUGUGUCCUAGGUAGGGAGUGCCCAAGUGCUCAAAUUUUGUCAUAGUUGUCGUGCAUGAACCACCUACUCUCUGUACAAGUGGCCCCUCUGAAACAAUUACAAUUCCGUGUAUUGUGCCUUACACGAUCUUCGAGCAUAAAACGAAACAAACAAAUAGC